CGCGAGGGGCUGGGCUGGGUGUGAAACUGCUCAUCGGAGCCGGCGCUCUUGCCUAUGGGUUCAAAGAAGCCACAUACACAGGUCCUUGCAGAAAUUUCUCCUCAGCCUCCAGGAUGGACUGUUUUUCUUCAAAAGCGAGGGCACAGAUAAUGGACUACCAGAAAAGGAAUUGGGAUCACACGCCAAAUAGCCAAGUAUCAUUUCGCAUGUUUAGCUUUUUACUACAAAAGUGUCUCUUUUAUAUUAACCACAAAAACAAUUAUUUUUAGAGCAAUGGUCUCAUAUUAUGGAUAAACUAUUUGACAUUAAAAACAAUGUAAAUCUGACAUCAUGCAGAGCACAGCUAACACAUAAGACCUACCUCUGGAAAAAGGACAUCCAUAAUGAAUUUGAUCUCGUCACUGUGGGUGUACUGUCCAGAAUGGAAGUCAGUGGAGGGUGGCCAGAGAGCCGUUAUCUUCAGCAGAAUUGGAGGGAUGCAGAUGGACACUGUGCUUGCAGAAGGAUUGCACUUCAGAAUGCCGUGGUUCCAGUACCCCAUCAUCUAUGAUAUUCGAGCUAGGCCCAGGAAGAUUUCAUCCCUCACUGGAAGCAAAGAUCUUCAGAUGGUAAACAUAGGUCUUCGUGUGCUAUCUCGGCCCAUUGCCUCCAAACUGCCGAUCAUGUACCAGCAGCUGGGGAAAGACUAUGAUGAACGUGUGCUUCCUUCUGUCGUCAAUGAGGUGCUGAAGAGCGUGGUGGCCAAGUUCAAUGCCUCCCAACUGAUCACACAGAGAGCUCAGGUGUCACUACUUAUAAGGCGAGAUCUAAUCGAAAGAGCUAAAGACUUUAACAUCAUCCUGGACGACGUGGCCAUCACAGAGCUCAGCUUCAGCAAAGAGUACACUGCUGCUGUGGAGGCCAAACAAGUCGGUUAGUAGUACCGAAAUACA